GGAUCACCUUCUGAUUGGUUUAACCUCCAGUGCUGCCGCCAUUACAUGCAAUGCUCUUGCUUUUUGCACCAUGGGCACGCGUAUCACGUGCCCGGCUAUUUAUGUCAUCUAUCUAUGGUCGGCGCCGGACGGCGGUUUCCGAAGCGUCUUGCCAGGUUGAGGUUAUGAUUGUACAUGAGCUGCAAGGUCACAAAACUGAGUGUUCAUGUAGCUGUUAAGCAAAUCAGGUACCCUUGGCGUCUCACUGAGUUCUUUUCGUAAAGAUAUUGAACAAAGAUUAGGAGCCCGACAAUCUCCCCAAGAUGUCUGGCGGUAUGCUGUACGGUGGGGACGAGAUAGGAGCGUUGGUCUUCGACUUGGGCCAUCACUCCCUGAGAGUGGGCUAUGCCCAGGAGGACACCCCGAAGGCGGAGAUCCCGGCUGUAGUCGGUAUAGGAGAGGACGCCAACGGCACGGCCAACAAAGUCGAGCCGAUGGACAUAGACGACAAGAAACCCGACAGUAAUAUCACGCAAAAUGGGACCAAGUAUUACAUCGAUACCACGAUUCUCCAUGUUCCACGGAAGAAUAUGGAGGUCGCGAGUUAUAUGAAGGACGGUAUGAUCGAAGAUUGGGAUCACUUUGAGAAGGUCUUGGAUUACACGUAUUCGAAAAUAAUACAGUCCGACGCCGAGUACCACCCCGUGCUGUUUUCCGAGUCGCCGUGGAACGUGCGCAGCAAGAGGGAGAAGUUAACCGAGCUGAUGUUCGAGAAGUACAACGUACCAGCUUACUUUCUCGUGAAGAACGCAGUUUUGGCCGCGUUUGCCAACGGCAGGGCAACCGGUAUCGUCGUCGAUAGCGGCGCCACGCAUACAUCCGCGGUACCUGUACAGGAUGGAUUUGUAUUGACACAAGCCAUUGGUAAAUCGCCCCUUGGUGGAGAUUACAUAAGUAUGCAGUGUAGACAGUUUUUGCAGGAUAACGACAUUGACCUAUCACCUCCUUAUAUGGUGGGCAGCAAAGAGGUAGUUAAAGAUCACGACAAACCGCGGUGGGUCAAGAAGAAAGGUUUACCCGAGGUUACCAAGUCUUGGCACAAUUACAUGGUGAAGAAAGUGAUUCAAGAUUUCCAGGCCACGGUCCUUCAGGUGUCGGAAACGCCGUAUGACGAGAAGAUCGUUUCCACAAUUCCCGCAGUUCAGUACGAAUUCCCGACUGGAUAUCAUCAGGACUUCGGAAGCGAGAGAUUUCGAAUACCAGAGGCGUUAUUUGAUCCCAGUAUAGUACAAAUGCGUGGAGGGAUGGUCGGCAAUACUAUGUUAGGAGUCGGGCAUAUCGUCACAACCAGUGUCGGUAUGUGCGACGUUGACGUACGGCCGGCGUUGUACGGAAGUGUCGUGGUGACUGGCGGCAACUCGUUUAUUCAGGGAUUCCCGGAGCGUUUAAAUAGAGACUUAUCUAUGAGAAUACCCUCUAGCAUGCGUCUUAAACUGAUCAGCGCGAACGGAUGCGCGGAGAGAAGAUUUGGGGCGUGGAUCGGCGGUUCGAUACUGGCCUCGAUUGGCACUUUCCAGCAAAUGUGGAUCUCCAGUCAGGAAUAUGAAGAGAGCGGAAAGAGUCAAGUGGAGAGGAAAUGUCCUUAAAACGUGGCGACUCCUCGUCUGGUUCGGUCGUAUUAGUGGCAGUGUUUGUAUGAACAUCGCACAGGGAGUGAGUACAAUUCUUGAAAACGUGAAGCUCUACAUUUUACGAUAUUGUGUAUCAUUUAAUGCAAAUUAUGAUGCAUAAAGCACGUGAGACUAUGAAGCACUUUUUUUUUAAAUAAAGUCUUUUUAUAAUGUUGUAUCACGAUGGCAUACUCGUCAUGUUAUUGAAUUGAACAUCUGCUAGUAUACAUGGAUAAGAGUAUUCUGACUGUAAAUGACAUUACGCAUUGUUCCAAGUUAUAUUAUUAAGCAGAUAACAUAGGAAAAAUUGAUCUUUAUUUAUUACCGAUAUGUGCUGCGUGCAUAGACGACGAAAUUUUGUAAAUUGUAAUAAGAUUUAUAAAAAGAAAACCUCACAUGCCAUAAGUGUGUCAUGGAAAAAUUAAUUUGUUGCCUCUUCGAUUUCGCACAUCCUCGUAUUUGCACAAUGUCGUCGGGCUUGUUUCACUGCCAAUAGUGUUGUACGCAUCACGUUGGAGUCGUGAGUGUCCGACCCCACUUAUGGCAAGUGUCGCUGGAAGCGAAAUGGAGUAUACGUUCACCCGGAAGCUAUAAUUUACCCUUUGUGACACAUACAUGUAUUUUGUAUGGAAAUAAUAAAUAAGUAUAAGGUACGCA